AUGAACUUGAUAGCGAUGAACGACAAGGAUGAGAUCUAUGAGGAUCCUGAGUCUACUAAGGUUGAUGAGAGCGAGGACACGGAUGAUACGGGAGCGAGUGUGGAGGCAGCAGUGAAGCAGGAAGAAGAGAUAGUCACCAUGGAGGCAGCAGCGGUGAAUGAUGGAGAUGGAGAUGGUGUCAACACUUUUGCAGCAGCGGUCGUGGUUAAAGAUGAAGCAGUAAAUGCAAAGUGUGUGGGAGUUGAAGCUGUGAAAGGGGGCAUCAUGGUGAAGGGAUCAAGGGCGAAUGCAACUGCAAAGGGGCGAGUGCUUAUGAAAGAGGAACACGUUGAGGGGUACAAGACCCGAGAGGUGUUGGGUGCUAAGAUUCCGAGGAGAAGCGAGAGGCUUAAGAAGAUGCCUCAUGGUUUGGAUAUCAAGGCGCUCAACUUUAAGACACAUAAGACUGGCGCAAAGAAGGCGCGCGCCAUGCAUCCGCGGAAUCGGUAUGCGGAGAAUCCGCCUGAUUUUCGCGCGCUGGCGGAACAGCACCCCGCGCUGUCGCCGUUCGUGCUGCCGGCGCGACGGGCGGGCGGGCCGGUGGGGUUCAUGUGGAGCAACUACAACGCGACGCGCGAGCUGACGAGAGCUCUGCUUCACACGGACUUUGGCGUGGACUGGUGGAUAGAGCACGGGCAUCUGUGCCCCACCGUGCCCAACCGCACUAACUACCUGCUCUGGCUGCACGUCCUCCUCGCCUCGCUCCCAGCCUCCUCUCAUGGCGCCCCCCCCGCCUGUGGCGCACAAGAGCGCACUGCGGCAGGUGCAGGGCCGCCAGGGGCAGGCGAGGCGGACGGAGGGGGGAAUGGAAGGGGGGUAGGAGCGGGAGAGGGACAAGGGGAAGGAGGGCGGGAAGGAGGGAUUGAGGGAGGGGCGGAAGGAGACGGAAAGGGAGGGGGGGAAGGAGGGGCGGAGGGGGGGCGGGGAGGAGUGCGGGUGGUGGACAUAGGCACGGGGGCGAACCUCAUCUACCCGCUGCUGGGUGCCGCCAUGUUUGGCUGGUCGUUCCUUGCCACUGACGUGACAGAGGGUGCCCUGCAGGGCGCACAGGCCAACCGCGCGCGCAACCCCCACCUGGCACCACUCAUUGGCAUACGGCGCGCAGGGGGAGGGGGAGACGCGAGGGAGGGAGGGCAUUCCCUGGGGGAGGAUGGGUCGGUGAAGGGUGAUGGGGUGCAUGGGGUGCAUGGGGUGCAUGGGGUGCAUGGGGUGCAUGGGGUGCAUGCGAUCCAUGCGGAUGGGGGGGUACAUGGGGCGCAUGGGGCGGAUGGGGAACGUCUAAGCGGGGAAAAUGGGGUGGAGGAGCAGGGUAAGGGGUUGGUGUUGAGGACUGGGGAGGAAGGAGGAGUGGGAUUGAGAAGAGGCGCUGAGGGGGGAUGCGUGAGGGAGGGAGAGGAGAGGGCGGAUGAAAAUGGAACAAGUGAGAAUUUGGUGGGGAGGGGGGGAAGAAUAGCAGGUGGUGGGGCAGGGGAGGAGGGGGCACCUGGAGAGGCACCGAUACUGGUGGGAGUGGUUGAGGAAGGCGAGGUGUUUGACGCGUGCAUGUGCAACCCGCCCUUCUUCGAGUCCCUGCAGCAGGCCGGUGCCAACCCGCGCACGGCGUGUGGCGGCACGGCAGCGGAGAUGGUGUGUGCGGGCGGGGAGCUGGCGUUCAUUCGCCGCAUCGUGCAUGACAGCUGUGCCCUGCGCACUCGCAUCAGGUGGUACACGUCCAUGGUGGGGAGGAAGGUCAACCUGAAGCACCUACUCGCUCACCUGUGCUCCCUGCAUGUGCCGCGUAUAGCCACAACGGAGUUUGUGCAGGGGCGCACGUCCCGCUGGGGUAUAGCGUGGUCCUUCAUCCCCCUCCACCGCCCCUCCUCCACCUUCGUCCUCUCCCGCUCCAGCACUCCCAGUACUACCCCCACCAUUGGCCCUUCUCUUCCCACCAUUGGCCCCUCCCCUCCCCCCAUCGGCCCCUCUCUCCCAUCAAUUGGCCCCUCCCUUCCCCCACACACCGGCCCCUCUCCCUCCACGAUUGGCCCCUCCCCUCCGCCGAUCGGCCCUUCCCUUCCCCCCAUCGGCCCUUCUCCUCCCCCCAUCGGCCCCUCUCCUCCCCCCAUCGGCCCCUCUCCUCCCCUCAUCGGCCCCUCCCCUCCCCCCAUCGGCCCCUCCCCUCCCCCGAUUGGCCCCUCCCCUCCCCCCAUUGGCCCCUCCGCUCCCCCCAUUGGCUCCUCUCCCCCAACAAUGAGCCCCUCCAUUUCCUCCAUUGGCCCCUCGCUUCCUCCCCCAUCAUCCGCACAACCCUCUCGCCGCUCCCUCCCGUGUGCCCUUCCCACGCCCCUGCUGCGCCCAAAGACGUCCUUCACACUCCAGGGGCUGAAGGGAUCAUGGGCGGUGGGGGCAGUGUGGCAGCAGCUGGUGCGUGUGGUGGGGGAUAGUGGAGUGACGGCCAUUCAGCCCAACCACCACACGCUGACCCUCCAGCCAGCCCGUGUUCCCACAGUUUUUCUCUCUCCCUUUGCUCAUGCCCACGGAAUCACCAAAGAGAUUCUCAUUCCAGCAUCACUCACAUGCUAA